AUGAGUUCGUCCAACCUGAUAGUCCGGGGCCUCACGCACGUCAACUACGCCUUUGCUUUUAUCCACCCUACUACCUGGGAGAUUACGACGAUGGAUGCCGCCACUCCCGGGUCCCUUUUCGGUGACAUGGCGGAUCUCAAAAUAGAUAACCCCGAGCUGCAAAUAUAUCUCAGCAUCGGAGGCUGGACAUUUUCUGAUAACAACACCAUCACGCAGCCUAUAUUCGGCAAAAUCUCCCGCGAUUCCGCAAACAGGCUUACCUUUGCUAGUAACCUUCUAAGGUUUCUCAAUACCUAUAAUUUUGACGGCGUUGAUAUCGACUGGGAGUAUCCUGGGGCCGGCGAUAGAGGCGGCGCUGAAGAGGACGUUGCCAACUUUGUGCUCCUCUUCAAGGAUAUCCGAGAGACCUUUAACAAGUCUGGACGCAAAAUUGGGCUUACCUUCACCAUCCCGUCGUCUUUCUGGUAUUUGCGAUGGUUCGACAUGCCCGGGCUUCUCAAGUACGCUGACUGGGCGAACCUGAUGAGUUAUGACUUACAUGGCAUCUGGGACAGCAACAACCCUAUUUGCAAGGCCCCCGGCUGCCCGUUUUCCGGAGGCGCAAAGCCGGGUCCAUGUACCAAGACCAGUGGCUACUUGGCGUACUAUGAGGUUCAAGACAUACUGGAAAAGAAUCCAAAUAUCAAGGUGAUCCACGAUACCCAGGCCGCCGUCAAAUACAUGUCAUGGGAUGACGACCAGUGGAUAUCGUUUGAUGACAAGGAUACAUUUAAGCAAAAGAUUGAGUGGGCUAAUAAGAUUGGGUUUUCUGGAUCAUUGAUAUGGGCCUCGGAUCUAGAUGACUACACGUUCAGCGCCCACUCCGCCCUGACGGGUAAGGACCUCACGCCCAUUGACAGGCCCAAUAAGGGCAAGGACGUCAAAGCAUGGCAGUACGAGAGUGAGCUUAUGGGCAAAUGCUAUCGGCAGGAGGACUGCCGAGACAUGGACAAUCCGCAAGCAUCCGAUUGCGAUGCCGGAUACACGAGCGUGGGAUUCGACGCUAGGAAGUGCAACUGGAAAGAUCAGGAUUGUUUUGCUGCGAAAGCUCUGCUUACACCUCCCUUACAUCGACUUGCCGGUGGACUGGUUGUGGCCAAAAGUGUUCAUCAAGCGAGACUAAGCCUUGGCCUUAGCAGUUUUGAUCUCGAAGACUCGGAUGUCGAGUUCAUGAAACGGAGUUCAGUGGAUGCCCGCGACAACUUGUGGCCAUAUAACGAGAUGUACGAAGACUGGGACGAAUAUGAUGAAGAUGGGUACGAUGAGGGGCGUGAACUUGUCGAGCGGAUGGCUGCCCGGGAUCAUGCCGUUCGUCUGAGAGCGGGCCCGAAAGAAUUCAUUACCCUCACUGUGGCUUCUUACAAGUCGUCUGGAGACUUUAUAAAGUGGAUGGCGAAACAAGCGAGCAAAGGACGUGAUAUUGCUCCCGUUGCCUUUCACAAUUACCGCGGGAAGAACAAAGCGGAUCCGGAGGCUGUUUUCCUCGCGGCUAUAGGCAAGAUUGUGGGCUCCUUCGACUACAUGAACGAUGCUUUCACAAGUUUGGCGAUGCAGGUGAUUGUAUCGACUCUUCGGAGAGAAAUGGGGAUAGGGGAAGAUCUCUUUGGCGUCCGAAAUCUCCGCGCUUUGUGGAGCGAGUUUGAAGUUGACGCAUUCUCCCAUUACCUCAGCAACUCGCAGCGCAAUUUCGCCACUGCCGGAGCUUUUGCUCUAGAUGCUCUCUUGAACUCCAAGCUACCAAACCACCAGCUACAACGCUUGGUAUCCCAGCUGAACCAAAUUCGCGACUUAGCCUACAGGAUCAACUUUGAUAAAUACUAUCCUAAGAACUAG